UAUAAGAAGAUACCAGCGUUGCGCAAAAUACAUAGAACUGGUGUGGCAUAAAUGUAGUAUAGGAGGAAGGUGUCAAAGCAGUAUGUCAAAUGGAAUGUUUUCCUCCAAUCCUCUGUUCACACCCUACACUCAAUAUACUAGGUGUAGGUCAAGGGUCACUGUGUGGUUGUGAUCGUCAGCUUUAUUGUGCGGCUUGGAUGGGCAUAAGGGACCAUCAACACACUACAAAAUCCCACAAGGUCUUCUUCAUAAGAGCAACGAAUUUUUGCCAUGACUGAUCGAGGCUAUGAUGGACCUAAUGAGGAAACUCUUACAGAGUUUUUAAAUGUUACUGACAGAAUAACGGGCGAAAAACGAAGUUUGGCUUAUAAGAAAAUCCUUGGUAAACGGAGCCCUGGCAUAAUAUUUAUUCCAGGGUUCAUGGGAACUAAAUAUGAUAUCAAACCAACUGCUCUGGCCAAGUUUUGCUUGCAGCAAGGAUUUUCCUUUGUCAGAUAUGAUGCAACAGCACUUGGAGAAUCCAAAGGUACUAUUGAACUGAAGGAUGCCCGCUUUUCACAUUGGCUUCAGGAUGCUGAAGAAGUUCUUUUGUAUCUUACAGAAGGUCCUCAGUUAGUGAUUGGAUCCUCAAUGGGUGCAUGGAUUGCUGCUUGUUUAGCAAGAAAACAUCCAAAGAAGUUUGGUAAAUUAUUAUUACUGGCUCCAUCCAUCAAUUUUUCUAAUUACUACUUGGAUCGCAUGAGAAAUCGUGCUCCUGCUGUUCUUGUGGAAAUCUUAGAUAAAGGUGGUCAUUAUGAGUAUAAUGAUCCCAAGUAUGGACCUUAUCCAUUGUCAUUCCGUGUCUUUGAAGAAAUGAUUCCAUACGAGUUGGAUCUUGACCAGGAAGGGGGUUACCCUAUCAAGUGUCCGGUUCGCAUUAUUCAUGGCACACAGGAUACUUACAGUCCUUUUGAGAAUUCUCUGAAAUUACUUAAGGGAUUCCAAACCAAUGACAUUCAACUUCUCUACUUGAAGGGUGUUGAUCAUCAUCUUGAUUCACCUAGUAAUUUAGAGAUUAUAUUUGAAACUAUUCUGAAAAUGACUAAUGAUUCAAAGCUGUAAGUUGGUUUGAUGUACAGUACAAGUUUCAACUUAUAUGUGAUACUAAUCUAGUCUAUUACAUGGUCAGUGUUCUUAAUGUUGGUUGUCAUAUAUAACCAUCUUGUUAAAGCUGUUCAUUAUUAAAAGUAAGUACUUUUAA